AUGAAUAUAAGUUCAUACGGACACCCGUCUUUCUAUCUAUCAGUUUCUGUUUAUACUGAUCUAUCUAUCUAUCUAUCUAUCUAUCUAUCUAUCUAUCUAUCUAUCUAUCUAUCUAUCUAUCUGUCUGGUAUCUCCAACAAAGAUCUAUCUAUCUAUCUAUCUAUCUAUCUAUCUAUCUAUCUCAGUCUCUUUCAUAUCUAUUUUGUUCCUAUCUAUCUAUCUAUUUCAAUCUGUUCAUAUCUAUCUAUCUAUCUAUCUAUCUAUCUAUCUAUCUCUUUGUUUGUAUCUAUCUAUCUAUCUAUCAAUCUAUCUCUAUCUAUCUAUCUCACUUUGUUUACCUAUCAAUCUAUCUCAGUUCAUUAUCUAUCUAUCUAUCUAUCUAUCUAUCUAUCUAUCUAUCUAAAUGUAAAAGGGUCUCUCCAACAAAUACUUACUCACUUUCUUUCUUUCUUUCUUUCCGAUCUGUUUCUAUCUACCUAUCUAUCUAUCUGUCUAAGUUUGUUCCUAUCUAUCUAUCUAUCUAUCUAUCUAUCUAUCUAUCUAUCUAUCUAUCUGUCUAAGUUUGUUCCUAUCUAUCUAUCUAUCUAUCUAUUCAAGACAAACUUGCUAACCAUUACAGCAUGCCAAGUUGACUAUCUAUCUAUCUAUCUAUCUAUCUAUCUAUCUAUCUAUCUAUCUAAAUAA